UAGAAAGAACAAUUUUUUAAAUUAGAAAGGCAUUCUUUAACAGCUCUUAUUGGUCUCCUAUCUCUGACAAAUCCUUGGCAUAAACCUGCCCAGCUUGAUCGAAUAUUCCACUGCACAUUCCAUCUUUCUUACCUUGUCCCUGCUAAUCAAUAUGGUCCCACCUCCCCCUUCUAACAAGCCACACGUAUGCCUUUCGUGUGUGCUCAUCAUGAGUAGCAUGGCUCUACUGGACGCCUACCUGGUGGAGCAGAAUCAAGGUCCGCGGAAGGUGGGCAUCUGCAUCAUGGUGAUGGUCGGGGACAUUUGCUUCCUCAUUGUCCUGAGGUACAUAGCGGUCUGGGUGGGUUCCGAGGUACGAACUGCAAAGCGUGGCUAUGCCAUGAUCCUUUGGUUCUUCUAUGUCUUUGUAUUGGAGAUCAAGGUCUACUUCAUCUACCAGAACUACAAGGCGGAAGGCGACAAUGUUGAUGCACUUACCUGCAAGGGUCUGACGGUGCUACUCUCCAUUUUUGUACCAGGACUUUAUGUUACGUUAGCAGCCAUUGACCAUAUGGAAUACGUUCGGCCAAUCAAGAAGAGGGAGGAGCUUAGAAGUCGGCUAUUCUGGGUUGUGGUGGAUCUACUGGACAUUUUGGACAUUCAGGCCAGUUUGUGGGAGCCUCAAAGGAAAUGGCUCCCCCUAUGGGUGGAGGGCCUUACUUUUUUCUACUGCUACAUUCUACUUCUGAUACUGCCGUGUGUUUCGUUGAGUGAAAUUAGCAUGCAAGGUGUCAACAUUGUGCCACACAAGAUGUUGCUUUAUCCCAUCCUCAGUUUGGUUGCUAUCAACAUUAUUACGCUUUUUAUACGUGGAGGGAACAUGGUGUUUUAUAGAGAUGUUCGAGUGUCUGGUAUACUCAUGGGUAAGAACGUCAUCGCCAUUGUCUUGAAGACGUGCAGCUUUGCGCAGUACUGGAGCCACCUGCAGGAGGCGCCAGCACCUGCUCUCCCACCAGAACUACAGAGGGAUGCAGUACCACACAGUUCAAGGAGCGCAGUACCAUUGGCAAUGCCCUUGUCUGUUACCAUGCCAACUCCGCAGGUGGUCAUACAAGAUCUCACGACACUUCCAGAGGAACCCGAACUUGAGGAAACAUGA